AAGAGUGGCCUAGAUUCUUGUCGGGGUUAACGAAAUCCGACUCUGUCCGAAGACUCGCGUGAUCAGUUCGCGACCCCAAAGCCAUACGUUUUUAAAUCCCUAUAUCCAUAACAUGGUUUCAUUUAUACUUUUUACUUAUAAAAUUACUUACUUUUCUUAUAAAAUUUUGUUAUUACCCAUUACUUAAUUUUUGUCAUUUCACAAUAACGAAUUGUUCAACGAUAAAAAACAAAAAAUAUGACAGGUGUCCUUAAUUCCUUUAAUAUUCGAUUACAUUAAUAAUCAUGCCGUUGAGUUCCAACAACCCUUUUAGUUUUCAAAAUAGCAACCAUGAAAUCUACAACAGUCUUUACUACUAUUUUGAUACAUCUUUUAUUAAUUACUAUUUGCCGUUCUCAGAACGGUUAUAAUUUUGAAUCAGGGCCAAGGAAAAAUGACACAAUCGCAAUAAUUAUCAAUCCAAAGUUUGCGAUUAGUACCAAGAAUAAAAUCUGGGAAACAGUUAAUACACAUGUACAAAAGUUAAAGCAAGAUAUUUUUAAACAAGCUGGCGUGUCUGUUGAACUACAUACCAAAACAAAUAUUAAACUCUCAAGAGAUGUAGUGUCAGUAUUCAUAGUUUCAUACUGUGAUGAUGUAUGGAAUUUAUAUCGACAAGCUGAAUUUGAAGGACUCAAUGAAUGUUUAUACAUAUCAAUAACUGAUACAGAUUGUCCAAGGCUACCAGCCAAUGAAGCUAUAACUAUUCCUUUGUUGUCAAGUCAUAAUGAGUUAUCACAACUUAUUUUAGAUUUGAGGACAUCAAAUUCAUUUCCAUGGAAAUCCAUUGUCGUGAUGCACGAUAAGACUAUUGACAACAAAAUUGUUCAACACAUUGUUACUUCAUUAACUAAACACUAUUCAAAUUCAAUUAAAUCACCAUCAGUAACUAUUUUUGAAUUUUUUACUCAAGAACCAGAAUGGAAACGGAGAAAAAUAUUAAUACAAAACUUUCAACAAUUUUUAAAAGAAGGCGAAAAAAAUUCUAAUUUUAUUUGUAUAAUUAGCGUGCAUCAUGUUCCAUUGAUACUAGAUGCGGCUAAAACCUUACGUCUUUUAUCGGCAGAAAAUAGUUGGUUAAUAAUUAUACCGGACAUGGAUUCUUCUAGUAGCAAUGUAUCGUCGUUUUCUAAUUUGUUAAGUGAAGGCGAGAAUGUAUCUUUUAUUUACAAUGCGACUAAAACUGAGCCAAAAUGUGUAGGUGGCUUGCUGUGUUUGGUGGACGAAUUGAUGUCAGUAUUUUUAAUGGCAUACAGUGCUUCAAUCCAGCAAGAAAUGGAAUUAUCACAAAGAGUUUCAGAAGAAGAAUGGGAUGAAAUCAGGCCAUCAAAAACUGAUAGAAGACAUUCGAUGGUUUCAUUUAUAAAAUACCGGCUGAAUGAAUCAGGAAUUUGUGAAACGUGUCCUGCUUGGCAAAUUGAUUCAGGCAUCACGUGGGGACAAGAACACUUUGGUAGUAGCGAUGGAUGUCAUUUGAUUCCUGUUGGUAACUGGAAUGCAAAAACUGGACUAAAAUUGACUGAACCUCUUUUCUCGCAUAUGAUCAAUGGCUUUAGAGGAAUGAAUCUACCUAUAGCUACAUUUCAUUUUCCUCCUUGGCAAAUUAUAAAUUAUAAUAGCAGUGGACACCUUAUUGGGUACAGCGGACUUGUUUUCGAUGUCAUCAAUCAACUUGCUAACACUUUGAAUUUUACAUAUACUGUAAUGAUUGUUACAAAUGAUCAAGUAAACUCGAACUAUACCAAAUCUAUUUUUACUAGAAGCAGCAUCUUGGGAGAUCAUGAUGCUGCAGUUCCAAAUGAUUUAUGGGAUAAAACUAUAGAGCUUAUAAGAUCAGAUAAAGUUUUUAUUGCUGCUGCUGCUUUUACUGUAAAAGAAGCAAAUCUAGAAUUGAUUAACUAUACUGCACAUUUAAGUAUGGAGCCUCAUCAAAUUCUAGUGGCAAAACCUAAAGCGUUAAGCCGAGCUUUAUUAUUUACUGCUCCAUUCACAUUACUGACUUGGCUAUGUAUAGCAAUAGUUGUUGGUAUUAUGGGUCCUCUAUUAAACGUAUUCCAUACUUUAAGUCCAUACUACGAAUAUCAUAAAAUAAAUAGAAAAGGAGGUCUGAAUUCACCUCUCAAUUGUUUUUGGUAUGUGUAUGGAGCAUUACUUCAACAAGGAGGUGCUCAUUUACCAGACGCUGACAGUGGUCGUUUAGUGGUGAGUACUUGGUGGCUUUUCGUACUUGUCAUUGUUACUACUUACAGUGGUAAUUUGGUCGCAUACUUGACUUUUCCUCAAAUGGAUACAAUGGUAUCUAACGUUGAUGAGCUAAUGGAUCGUAAAUCACAAGGAUUCACGUGGGGAAUACCAGAAUCUUCUAAUUUGCAUUCGUUACUCAGUACAUUACCAGAAGACAUAACUAUAAAAGAGUUAAUUAAAAAUGCAGAGCAUCACAUCGAUAAAUCAUCUUCAAUUAUUGAUAGAGUAAGAGCUGGUAAACAUGCAUUAAUUCAACGUCGAACCAAUCUCAUUUAUUUAAUGAAAAACGAUUUCUUGCUGACUAAUAGAUGUGAUUUUGCUAUAGGUAAUGAAGAUUUUGCAGAAGAAAAACUAGCCAUGGUCAUUUCAAAAGGUAGUCCGUAUCUUAAAAAAAUUAAUAGAGAGAUUGAAAAAAUGCAUAAAGUUGGUCUUAUGAACAAAUGGUUGGUUGAUACACUACCAAAAAAAGAUCAAUGUUGGACCAAAACUCAAUUAGAAGUUACAAAUCAUAAAGUUAAUUUAGAUGAUAUGCAAGGAUCAUUUAUUGUUCUUUUAAUGGGCGUGCUUGCUUCAUUGGUUUCAUUUUUUGUUGAAUAUAUAUUGAAAAAGUACAAAAAUCACCACGAAAUAAUAAUACAACCAUUUAUCAAUUGAAAUUAAAAAGAAUAUUUCGAUUUAAGUAGUCGUUUAAUUGUUAAAAAAAUGUUAUUGUAAAAUAAAUAAUAGCUUAAUAAUUUACGUAUUCUUAAUAAAUAUAAACCUUAAAUUUAAAUAUUUAACUCACAAAUAUCAUAUU